GUGCGCAGAGAGAAGAAGAAGAGACGGGAAGCCUGUGAGCAGAGAGAAGAAGAGGACACAGGAAGCCUGUGAGCAGAGAGAGAAGAAGAGGAGACGGGAAGCCUGUGAGCAGAGAGAGAAGAGAGGAGACGGGAAGCCUGUGAGCAGAGAGAAGAAGAAGAGGAGACGGGAAGCCUGUGAGCAGAUAGAGAAGAAGAGGAGACGGGAAGACUGUGAGCAGAGAGAGAAGAAGAGGAGACGGGAAGACUGUGAGCAGAGAGAGAAGAAGAGGAGACGGGAAGCCUGUGAGCAGAGAGAGAAGAAGAGGAGACGGGAAGCCUGUGUGCAGAGAGAGAAGAAGAGGAGACGGGCAGACUGUGAACAGAGGGAGCAGAAGUGGAUGCUGCGGGUUAAACGUGUUUCUGCGUCGUUUCAUCCGCAGAUGCCAUCAUGUCUGUCUCUCUAGCAGCAGAGAGAGACAGGCUCCAGAGGCAGAUUGAGGAGCUGGAACAGAGUCUGGCACGAGCAAACCCAGAUCUGGACCUUCUGUCUACCGACACAUCCUCAGAUGAUGGAUCAGAUCAAGAUGACUUUCAGAGGGAGCCUGCGGAGGUCCAGGUCCCAGGUCUGCUGGCUCAGAGAGACAGGAUUCAAAGGGAGAUUGAAGAGAUAGAGACUGCUCUGGGUUCCGAGACAGCUGUCUGUCUGUCAGAUGAUGACAGCAGUGCCAGUGAAGAGAGUGCUGGUGAGCUGGACCUCCCCCUCACAGCAGACAGUUGUCUGCAGAUAAACCUGGUCUACCAGCAGGUCCUCCAAGACACUCUGCAGCAGCUGAGCUCACUGCUCUACCACAACCGCCUGCAGCAGAAGGAGGUGCUGUCUCAUAUGUCUGGAUCAAUCAGAGAGUCUUCAAGAGAACAGCUCCACCCGUCUGACCAGCACCCAAUCAAAAUGUACCUUGGCCACUUCCUGAAACCUUACUUCAAAGACAAACUGACCGGACUGGGUCCGCCAGCCAAUCAGGAGACAAAGGACCGAGUCAGCAAGAUGACCGCCUCUCUGGACGACAAAUGGCUCAAAAUGAAAAGAUGGGAGGGCUGGCAGAAGACUCUGCUGAUCCAUGCUGUGGCCAGAGACAGCCAGAGGAGGCAACUCCAGCCCAAACAGUCCAGGCACAGCUACCUCUGUCAGAAGUUACGUUCAGCAGGUGAAACGAAGCAGACGGUGCUCAGACAGCAGAUAGACCAGCUGGAAGAAGAUAUCAAACUAAUAAAUGCAAAGAUGGAGGAGGAGCUGCUUGGAGAACGGUAUGAUGAUCAUGACUGGCAGAGAAUUUCCAACAUAGACUUUGAGGGGACGAGGGAAGCGGAGGAUCUCCGUAAGUUCUGGCAGAAUUUCCUCCAUCCCUCCAUCAACAGGAGUGGCUGGAGGAAGGAGGAAGUGCAGCAUCUGGAGCAGAUCAGCAGGCAACACAAGGAGAGAGACUGGGAGGCCAUCACCCAGGAGCUGGGGACGGGUCGGACUCCCUUUAUGUGCCUGCAGACGUUCCAGCGUUUUGUGUCUAAAACCUUUAAGCGGAGGGCCUGGUGUCCAGCAGAGGACGCUCUGCUCCGGGAGCUGGUGAAAAAGAUGAGGAUUGGAAACUUUAUUCCUUACACACAGAUGAGUUACUUCAUGGAGGGCCGGGAGCCGCCCCAGUUGCUGUACAGGUGGACUUCGGUUCUGGACCCAUCCAUUAAGAAAGGCUUCUGGUCCAGAGAGGAGGAUGAGAUGUUGCUGCGUGCUGUUGAGCGUUAUGGGGAGAAGAACUGGUGGAGGAUCCGGUUGGAGGUACCUGGUCGUACAGAUGGAGCCUGCAGAGACAGGUAUCAUGACUGUUUGAGAGCAGGGAUAAAGAGAGGUGCAUUUGAUGAAGAGGAGAGAGAUCUUCUUCUACAGCUCAUCAAGAAACAUGGAGUGGGCCACUGGGCGAGGAUUGCUGCAGAGAUUCCCAACCGAUACGAUGCUCAGUGUAUGAGGGAGUGGAGGAAGAUAAGUGGUAGUAAUAAGUGUAAGAGUCGGUCAAACUAUGUUGGCAAGGCUGCGAGGAAAAUGAGAUGUCAGGACAUCCGGAGGCUGAAGAGACACCUGGUGAAACUAGAGAAGGAGGAGAGCAGUGAGGAGGAGAGCACCGAAGAGGAGCAGGUGGAGUACAUGGACAGUGAUAAAGAGGAGGAGGAGAGGAAAGAUGAGGUGUCUGAGGACGAGGACUAUGUUCCCAACCCAAUAGAGACAUGGGUGCCAGUGGAGAAGAAGAGCCAGGCGGGUUCUCUGAGUUGGGUGUUUGUAGCUCCUCCUCUCCCCUGUCCUGACCAGCAAGGAGUGCCUGUGGUCCGCUGUACAGUUUUGGACCAGUUUGGGUGCCACUUGGAAACGGUUGUCAGUCCAAGUCCUAGAGUCCUGGGUCACAGGGAGCAACACCAUCCCCAAGCCAUGCUGAGUAUCUCCUCCUCGCAGCUCUGCUCCAUUUUCCUCAGAAGGGCCAAAGAUGUCCUUGGGAAACGAGACCAGCACCUUGCCACUGCCUGCACGAAGCGCCAGAAAGGUUUCUUAAGCAAAAAGAGACAGCCAAUCAAAGUGAACUCCCUGUCCCUGCAUUAUGAGCUGUUUGCUGCCUUAAUGCCAUGGAUUGGAAAUGUGCUGAUCCCAGUGUGGCCCAGAAGUAAAGCCAUUCUGGCCGACACCCUGCGGCAAAGAGGAGAGCAGGAGCAGCUCCUCAGCACACCACUGUUCCAGCUAUUUCUGCAAGUGCUGAAUGUGGAUCUGAUAGGUUGUAAGGGGAUGAUCCAGAAUAGGAGGAAGGGACUGAGUCCCCCCUCCCCCUCCCCCUCCCUUUACCGACCCCCGAAGGCAGUUAAUCUUAAGAUGGUGGCAGGACACCUGGAACAAUGUAGGGAUUUGCAAUUGGGCAGAAACAAAUCAAGACUCCUAACACCACAGCAACUAUACCCACAACAAGCCAAACUACCGCUCAUGCCACAGCAACCACGACCGCUGAUACAAAUACAACAACCACGACCACUGAUACAAGUACAACAACCACGACCGCUGAUACAAGUACAACAGCCACAGCAGCUUUUGCAGUUACAAUGCCAACCACAAGGACGACAGCUAACACUGCAGCCCGUACUGCAAGUACAACAGCAAAAGCAACUCAUACUACAACAACCACAACCACUGAUAGAGGUACAACAGUACCCCCAUCAGCUAAUACUACAACUACAACCUACACCACAGCAAAAUCAGCAGCAACAACUUGUACUGCAGGUACAGCCGUCAACUCUUCUGCAACAAACCCAGCAUACACAACCACAACAAAAACCACAACAAACACAACCGCAACAAAAAGGACAGAAAAGAAAAAGCCAGCAACAAAAACAACCUAGACACGUGAAAAAGAAGAACGCUCCUCCUCCUCCAUUAACACUUCUCUCUAAGGUGGCUCCUAAUUUCCUUCCAGGGAUGCCUCCUACUUUGCAUCCUCAGAUGUCACCUUUGUCAUUUCCUCAUCAGACUUUAUUCAUCCGGAAACCCGUCCUUCCACCCUUGCAACCCCUGGCAGUAUCUGAACAACAAAGACAGACCUCCAGAGCCACACCUCCUCCUGCUGUCGGCUCCUCCUUCCUGCCAUCCCCUCAUCACCCCACUGCCCCUGCAUCAAUUGAAGUAGUGCUGCCCCCUGUUUCUGAUUCCUCUUUGGCAAAUCAGCCGAUUGGUUCCUCCCACUGCAUGGGGAGGAAGGGAGGGCAGAGUCAGAGCUUAGAGAACCUGUCAGACCAGCAGAACAGUGUAGGCGGAGCUUUUGUCAGAAAGGAGGGAAAGAGAGUGCUGAAGUUGAGUCAAAAGGCCAAAGCUCUUCAGGAAGCCACUGAAACCAAGGCUGAAGCCAUGAGGAACAAAUCUUCUUCCCGUCCUUGUCAAAAGAAAAAUUACUCUUCUUUAGAAAAGCCCAUUGGCCAGACCAAGCAAAUAGGCCCACCUCCUGGAAUUCUGUUGGCUCCUGGCCAGUCCAUGUGGAUCCCUGCCCCCAGUGGGUUGGUUCCAUUAGCUGGAGCCCCAUCGCAAGGUGUACACCUGGCCCGUCACGGUGCUCUACCAGUCAAUGCUUUCAUCCAUCAGAUAGCACCGCCUCCUCCAAGACUUUCCAUGAAUACACCUCCUGUCCUCACAAAUCCCCCCUUCUCAGUUUCCAAUAUCUCAGGACCCAUAACCAGGCCUCCAACUGUCACACCCACCCCCACCCAGCCUCCAUCUAUCACCACCUCCUCCACCCAGCCCCCCACUGUCAUCCCCACUUCCACCCAGCCUCCACCUAUCACUCCCACUUCCACCCAGCCUCCACCUAUCUGCCCCUCCUCCACCCAGCUUCUUGGUGUGGGCCUUAGCUCCUCUACUCAGCACCCCCCUUUCCCCUUACUGUUCUCUACUGGAAUUAAGCCUCCUACAGCAGCCUCCCUCCACCUCCCCUCCCACUUUAUGCCUUAUAAGGGCACCAUCACAGUAGACCCCAGGGUGCCUCCUCCCCUCAGGAAGGAGAUUCUGCAGUUUGACCCAGCACUGCUCUUCCCGGAGGAGAGAAAGGAGGUACAGCAGUGGCUGAGUGGACACGGGGGGGUUGAGGUACCAGGCCUACAGGUUGCACUACCCUACCUGCCUCCAUUUGUCAGCAGUCUGAGGACGCUGUGUGCACUACUACAGGCCAAGAAAUCACUCACUGACAGCGCCCUCCAGCUGCUGUCCCACAAUAGAUAUUCCAAACACAUCUCAAAGCCUAACCCCGCCUCUGGCCAGAAUGCUGAUCCUGCCCCCAGCCAAGAACCUGACCUCACCCCUGGUCUUGAACCUGACUCUAACCCUGACAACAACAACACCCUGAGCUCCAGGCAACCAUCUGUCCCUGGGACUGAUUCCUCCACUUCUAUACCUGCAGAGAAUGGACACACUCAACCAGGUCUCAGCUCGGAGCCCACAGAGGCAGAGAGUGUUGCAGCUAUACGCCGCCUAGUGGCGGAGCGUUUUGUGGCUAACCCCGCCUACCAGAUGCUAAAGGCCCGCUUCCUCUCCUGCUUCACUCUUCCCGCCCUAUUGGCCAGUAUCCAGCCAGUCACAGCGCAGCCUGAGGCCUGUUCAGUUGACGGGGAAGAUUCAGGACAAAAAAGAGAAGAGAGUUCCCGUCUGCUAUCGGAGGGGCCUGGGCCUCCUGCCACCUACUACUCUGGCAUCAUCAGAGGCAACCCCUCCCAGGCGCAGACCAGUCCAGACCAGUAAACCCAGCUCAUACCAGUACACCUGCAAACCUGUAACUCCUCCCAGGCGCAGACCAGUCCAGACCAGUAAACCCAGCUCAUACCAGUACACCUGCACACCUGUAACUCCUCCCAGGCGCAGACCAGUCCAGACCAGUAAACCCAGCUCAUACCAGUACACCUGCAGCUUCAGGGUUCCCACAAACUUUUUUUUAUGCACCGUGUGUGCGUGUGUGUUCAGUCAGUACGGAGUUUGGUAUCAACAGCUUAGUUAUUGUGAAACUGCUAUUUAUGUGAAUGUUCCUUCUUGUUUUUGUAAACCAUGUUGUAAUAAAGCUGAAU